AUGAUACAGACGCAGUUCAACAAGAAGGUCAAAUUUGUGCGACACGAUGGAGCCCGCGAGUUUGCGACGAACUCGCUUCAAGAUUUCUACGAAGUCGAAGGCAUCGAGCAACAAACCACGGUGCCAUACGCACAUCAAGCCAAUGGAACUGCUGAACGCGCGAUUCGAACUAUCGUCACCAUCGGUCGUAGCAUGCUCCAUCAUGCCAAGUUGGACAAGUGCUUCUGGGCUGAAGCGGCAAUGACGGCCGUCUAUGUGAAGAACCGUUUGCCGUCACCCAAGAUUCCACACAAGACACCGUUCGAGAUUGUCUACAAUUCUAAGCCAAGUGUCAAGCACAUGCGCGUUUUUGGGUGCCAAGCAUACAUCUUGACCCCGAAGGAGAAACGACUCAAGUGGGAUCCCAAGGCCCGGGCUGGAUUGUUUUUGGGCUACGAAGAAGUGUCCAAGGCGUAUCGAGUUUACGACAUCGAAGCGGGGCAGGUGAUGAUAAGUCGCGAUGUCAACUUCGAUGAGUCGGCCUUUGGAAUGUCGAUGCUGAUUUCCGAUGACGAUGUUGAUGGCCUGGACUUCGAAUCGAUCGAUCUUGAUGAUGAAGAACCGCGUCCGAGACACUUCAAACAAACAGGAAAGCGCAAGGCCCAACCCAGUCACGACAAUGACGACGCAAGCAUGCCCCGAGCAGUGCGCCAACGACCCGGAUUGGAAGAGUCAAGUGCGCCGGAUGACCUCCCUUCACGUCGAGCCAACGAAGAUGAAGAAAGGAAGUCGGAGAAACAACAUGACACACCGACUUCCUCCGCGUUUUGGCAUGCGAGUGCAAACGCCGUCGAAGCAGCGGUCGAUUUUUCGGAGCCGUCGACAUUUGAAGAAGCAGUAUCUGGCCCGGACCAAGUACACUGGCGCAAGGCAAUUGAUGCGGAGCUCGAUUCGAUAAAGCUUCGCGGUGUCUUUCGUGCGGCCAAGUUACCCAACGGACAAAGCGCCAUUGGCACAAAGUGGGUCUUCAAGAUCAAGCGCAAGGCGGAUGGGUCGAUCGAGAAAUACAAGGCACGACUUGUGGCCAAGGGUUUUCGCCAAAAGUAUGGCAUUGACUACACGGAGACGUUCUCGCCCGUGGUCAAGUAUGUGACGCUGCGAAUGGUCAUCGCCAUUACCAAGCACUUUGGAUGGCCCCUCGACCAGCUCGAUGUGGUGACUGCGUUCCUGUAUGGAGUGAUGAAGGAGAAGGUGUUCUGCGCUGUUCCGGAAGGCGUCAAGAUGGAAGGUGAUUUCGACUGUCUCGAGCUGAUCAAGGCGAUCUACGGUCUCAAGCAAGCCUCGCGUGUUUGGAACGAGACCUUCGACGAGUUCAUACGCUCGAUUGGUUUUCAAGCGUCGGGAUUCGAUCCAUGUCUCUACAUCAUGACUUCGGAAGGCCAUUGUGUUUUUGUGCUGGUCUACGUGGACGAUGUCUUGGUGACUGGAAGCUCGCUCGAGAUGAUUGCGCGCACCAAGAACGACCUCAAGACACGCUUCGAGAUGACGGACAGCGGCAAGUGUGCCUUUGUUCUUGGGAUCGAGUUAUUGGACGGUGAAGAUGGCAGCGUGACUAUGUGUCAGCGCCGUUAUGUCGACGAUGUCCUCAAGCGCUUUGGAAUGGAUGAGUGCAAGGCUGUGGCAAGUCCGGUGGACGUCAGCUCUCGACUGGUUCCAAGCAACUCUGCAAGCAAGGUGAAUGUCCCAUUCCGUGAAGCAUUGGGUGCUUUGAUGCAUCUGACGACUGCAACGCGACCGGAUAUCGCCUAUGCUGUAAGCUUUGUGUCACGGUUCAUGGAGAAACCCCAAGAAGAACACUGGGUUGCAGUCAAGCGCAUCUUCCGCUACCUACAAGGCACCAAGAUGCAUGGAAUCUGCUACAAGCCAAGUGCGAAGAUCGACUUUCGUGGCUAUUCAGAUGCAGACUGGGCCGGUGACCUUGCUGAUCGCAAAUCGACGUCCGGCUACGUCUUCAUGCUAUUGGGUGCUCCGGUGAGUUGGGGCAGCAAGAAACAGCCAAGUGUGUCACUGUCUACAAGCGAAGCGGAGUACAUCGCGCUCAGCCUGGCGAUCCAAGAAGGCAAGUGGAUCAAUCGCUUGCUGUGCGAGAUCAUGGCGGCUGCAAACGAAGAAGGACCCGAGCUCGUCAUCCGUGAAGACAACCAGUCGUGCAUCAAGAUGACGAAGAAUCCCGUCAACCACGGCCGCGCUAAACACAUCGACAUCAAGUACCAUCACAUCCGUGAUGAAGUCAAGCGUGGCGAAGUGAAGCUUGAAUACUGCGAGACGACGUUGAUGUUGGCGGACAUCAUGACGAAGGGACUUCACGGACCGCGUCACAAGGACUUGACGGCGGCGCUUGGCAUCCGUGCGUGUUCGCAUUGA